AUGGGCCCGAAACGUAAAAACAAUAAAAACUCGCGAGGCGGUCGAGGUUCAGUUGCCAGUCGCGUUGCACAGUUCGAGGCAGCAGCUGCUGGCAGCAAUACCAAAUCGUCCAAGUCCUCGAAGUCCAACAAGACUUCUGACACUUCAGAUGAAGCAGGUAUCACAGCCCAAAAGAACUCUAGCCCAGGUGUCUCGGUAGAUAGCUCAGAUCGCGAUUCAACGGUUGACCCCGCGAAUGAUCCAUUGGCUUCGUCAACCCAUCAGAAUUCCGACCCCAAGCCGGCCGAAGAUGGUAUUCUAUCUAAGGAAGAUACUCAAAAAGAAAAUAAUUCACGCGACGAGAAUGAUGCGUGUGAAUAUACUACAUCCGGGGACAUUUUGGAAGAGUCGAAACAGGCAAGAUCUACUCAACCAGAAGGUGAGCCAGAACACGAGGCAGCCGCAGCGGGUGAGAACCAUGAACAAAAGUUGGAAGAAGAACAACCGUCUAGUUUAGAACCAACCGCUGAACAAAAUGCCAGAGAACUGCAUCGAUCCGAAACGUCAGACAACCCUGAGGUGCCGGCAGAACCUGAGCCUGAGCCUGUAGCCGAAAUGAGCCCGAAGUUUGAGUCCAGCUCUUUGGAGUCGCCAACGCAAAAAUCGCCCAAGUCUAUCUCUAAAUCUACGACGGCGCAGCAUGACGCGGUAGUUGAAGAUGAACCUACUCCGGACAUCAUCAAUUCUGGCGUCGAAUCCUUACAGCCAGAUACAAAUGCAAGUAUUGAGAUUGUUGGCUCAGAGUCUGAAAAUGGUCCUAGUUCUCUAGAGGCGGAUACGCCUCAAUUGGCACCCUCCCCACUUCCUCAGCACGAAGAAGGCUUUUUGCUUCAGGAUAACGACGACGACGAUGAUGGAGUAGAGAUCAUCGAAACUCAAAAUGUUACGUAUGUAGGUGGAUCGCGUCCGGUUUUUGUCAAGCCGGUUCUGGUUGCCCCGACUGAAGAUGACUUUAAAGCGAACAUCGACCCGAACACAUACUUUGCCGAUCCCGAAGACACGGUGAUAGAGGAAGCUACUUCAUCGCCAUGUCCUUCACACCCUACUCAGCGUGUACGGAUGGUUGGUAGGGCGGCUAGCGUUGUUUCUCCAUCCAUUGCUAGCAGCGUCCAAGUCGUCCAAGUCGGUCAAAAGGGCUCUCCAUCUUCUCAAGGAGUAAUCAAACAAAACAUGGUCAAACAUAAAGAGGUUCAAGUGCCUGUUGCUACGUCGUUGAGCGAAGACGCAGAGAUUCUUGGUGUCGCCGUUGUUGGGUUUCAUCACACCCGAGGUCCGGAGAUCGAGUAUUGGGUUGGUCCCGAUGGUGAUCAAUCAGACCUGUGGCCAUAUCUGCCUUUCCAAAGCCUCCCAGAUGGUAGCCAUUCAUUUGAAGAAAGUAUCUGCUAUUUUACGUUGUUGUAUGACCGGCGGCAACAUCGUGGACCAAAUCCCACUCCUGAACGCGAUGAGGAAGGACAUAUCAUUGACUCUUCAGACUUUAAUGACGUGACGACGCUCUUUGCAGUUUCUUGUUCUCGGCAAGUAGCCACGGCAGACUUGGAGCAUGCACCUAAAGAUGCCACACGGUCAAGUGUUCACAAGUCAAUUGUAGUGGUUGCGCGUAAGCCUGUGUUUAGCCUUAUCAAAGAGAAGCUGACAGUGGUGACAAGAUCAUACUUUGAACAAGGCCAGUUCGAUGACCGAACAAUCAUCGAUAGGUUCUACGAGAAUCUAGUUCAUUUGUACUCACUUCCUCAGUCGGAUAGUGACUUCCAAGUUGGAAUCAAUGUGCGCGACUUUUUUUACAGGUUUGGAGUCAAUGUGAUGGUAAUAUUUAAGGCGCUGCUCAUGGAGAAGCGUAUUCUGUUCUAUGGGUCUGACACUGACCUGCUAUGCACCUUUCAGUUUGCUCUUAUUUCACUGAUCCCUAAUUUGCUGAAUCACUUGGAGGACUGCGGCUCUCCACUGCUAAGCAACUAUGAAACUAAUCUGGUGAAACCUACUUACAUGCAGAGUAGCAAUCGCGACUCGAUGCUCAAGUUUAUGGGACUUCCACUUCAUGUGUUUGCAGCAGGUGGAAUAUUCAACCCAUUUGUACCUCUUCAACAACUAGAUGAACUUACCAGGAAAGAAACACAGUACGGGCUUUUUGGCAGCACUAAUCAGCUGUUCUUAACGGCUGCGAACGCUGAUGUUAUCGUGAAUAUUGAUCAGAACUCAGUCGACAUUGUGAAUACUGAGCUCACAUCUGCUCUCGCGUUGAGUUCAGCAGACAAGGCUUUCAUUCAGCCCAUUGCAUCCGCGGUUGUAAAAUCAUGGGAUGGUGAUAAUAAAUGGCAACCACGCUCUCUGGGAUACCUGGGCAGCGACGAUUAUAUCCGACAGCAGUUUGAAGACUAUCUACUCGGACUGCUUGCCAGCGUGAAAUACGAAGCAUAUUUACAACGACUGGGCCCAGAGCCACCCAAGAUUUUCACUCGUGACUUUGCACCAAACCCUCUUAAAGCAUUCAAUCUGGCUUGGGCCUCUCAAUGGAAACUCACUAACAACUAUAGAAUUUUCAACAAGUUCACUGACGACGAGUUGUUUGAUAUUAUUGAGCCUGCACAUGUGGCAACUAUUAAAAACCGGGCUCGAAUCGAUGCUAUUUCUGAUCCCUCUCAAUAUUCUGCCCCUAAGGAAGACAAAGUCAAGGGCUUUUUCAGUGGAUUGUUCAAGCGAUCCGCGCCCAGCGAGAAGACGACCAGCGAAAUGGCAACCAGCGAAAAGACAGUUGAUGACAGUAUGCCCGAACCGUCCGCGGCUUCGCCAGAUUUGCCCUCUACACCAACCAAAACGUCCGACUCUGAACAAGACGGAAAAGAAGUUACUCCACCCGCAGAAGAAGCACCUCCUAGUCCCCAUAAACUGAUGUUUUGGCGUUAA